AUGGUAACCGGCUGGACGCCCUGCCUGUCGCCCCGGUGGAGGAUGCCGUUUCAUGAUGGAGUCUACUACCCCUACAGCAGCGACACCCAGGGGACCCACUCCUCAGCGGGGAUCCCCUCCCUCCUGAACUCCCCGCUCAGCCAGCAAUCCGCAGGCAUGACUCCGUCCAGCGGCGCCUCCGCCUUCCUCCCCUUCAAAUUCCGUCCCCGCCGGGGGAGCGUGGACUGGCGGCGCAUCAACGCCGUGGACGUGGACCUGGUGGCGAGCCAGCUGGACGUGGACGCCCUGCAGGAGCACGUCGGCACGGUGGCCUUCUGCAGCCUGGACGGCGAGCGGUGCCAGCGGUGCCAGAGCCCCGUGGACCCGGCGCUGGUCAAGCUCCUGCAGCUGGCCCAGCUGACGGUGGAGUGGCUCCUGCACUGCCAGGAGUUCCUCAGCCUGAACCUGCGGGCGGCGGAGGAGCGGCUGGCGGCGGCCGGCAGGGAGCGGGAGCAGCUGCUGGCUCUGCACGGGAAGCAGGAGGAGAGGGUGAGGACGCUGACGGCCGAGCUGAAGCAACGCAAGAAGAUGAUCCGCACCCAGCAGUCCCUGCUCGCACCACGAAUCAUCAGCAGCCACAAGUGUCUGCACUGUGACAAGUCCUUCCUGAACUCCUCCUUCCUCCAGAACCACAUGCAGCGCCGACAUCCUGAUGAGCUUCAGAUCCAGCUGCAGUCCGACGGCGAGAAGCAAUCUCAGAUCGAAAGCCUCAAACAGGAAAUCAGCAGCCUGAAGGAGCAAAUAGUUCAGCAGCAGCAGGCUUUGCAAACCAAAGUAGCCGAGGAAAAGGAGCAGCAGAACAUGCACAAGGAGCUUCUGCGAGACCUGGAGCGCUUCAAGGCGGAGGAGAUGGCUCGCAUGGACCGGAAGAUUGAGGACAGCCGGGACGGGAUCCGCCGGGAGAUGGAGUUCCUGUACAACCGCAACAUUCAGGCUCUGAGCGAAGUAAGUCAGACGCCCAAACAGGACAAACCCGUCGGCUCGGUGAGCCCGCAGCCGGAGAGAGACGUGGACGCGUACAAAGACGUGCAGCUCCAAGCUAUCCAAAAGCUGGAACAGCAGAUGAAGAAGCAGGAUAAAAAGUGGGAAUCCAGACUGCAAGACAUUAAAGAUCAGCAUGAGUCUGAAAAGAAUCAGCUGCUGGACAAGCUGAGCAGGAUGCAGUCGUCCGUGACGGAGCACCAGCAGCACAACCGCUGGCUGCAGCAGGAGAUGAGCAGGAGGCUGCAGGAGAGCGAACAAACCAUCACGGCUCAGAGGGAGCAGAUAAGGACUGUUUCUCGUAAUCCACCCGCUAAAGUGGUCGAAGUACCAGUUGCCGUCACGGCUCCGGCCCCAGAGCUCAAACCAAAGAGAGUCGGACUCGGUGAGUUGGUUGCACGACCUCUUUGGGUUACGAGCGUCGGCUCCUGUGCACCCGCCCGUGUAGAGGAGUCAGUCUCUGCUCUUAAGCUGGAUCCUAUUCAAGAGUUGUCGGAAGAGGAGAAAGACUCCAGCAGCGUCUCGGAGAAGAGGCCGGCGGCGAACAAACCCGAACCUUCAGCUGCUAAAAGGACGUCCAGCAGCGCUCUGAAGAGGAACCCCAACAUCAAGCGGGAGAUGCGACCGGAGCUCGAACUCUCCGUCGUCAAGAAACUAGAAAGCCUGGGCAUCAGGAGUGAUCGAAGUGGUUUGAAGACCAAGGAGCUCACGUCUCUCCUGGCCAAGUUAAAGUCGAGGCGGGAGGCUGCAGCGAGAACCUCGCCGGACUACUUGAGCUGUUGGGAGGAGAUGAUGAGCAUCGUGGAUCAGAAACUGGGAGUUCAGAAGAACCAAGCUCCUCCAUACUCUCAGACCAGAUCCAAACAGCCUGUUCAAGUGAUGCGGAUCCGCCCGCGAUCCAGCAGCCUGCCCUCUAGAGCCAGCCAGGUGACGUCUGUAGCCUCUGUCAAACAUCCGAAGACCCCGCAGCCAGCUCCAAGAACCAGAACCGUCCAGCCGAAGACGUCUACGCCCAACAGGACCGUUCUGAGGAUCGUCACAAGCAAGACCCCUCCCUUUAGUUCAGAUGAGGAAUCUGAAGAGGAGGAGUCCAACUCUGAGGAGGAGGAGGAGGAGGAGGUGCCCCAACAGAGCAAGUCACCGAAACCCAGGUUAAACCAGGCGACGCCAGUUCAGACCAAAGCCAGUAAACCCAGUCCAGUCCCGACCAGGCACGCUUUGGUCAGCCAGGCCUCCAAACCCCUGCAGUCCCGACCGCCGGUGACCCGGACAGAAGUCACAAAGGUGGAAAGCGAUGAAGACGAUGACGACUGGUCCGACGUCAGCGAGCUGCAGGAGAUCGCCCCAAAACAGCUGCAGGGCUUCCAAGACCAGAACGGAAACAUUAACAAGAAAAACUACGGGAAGGAUAUCAUUAUCAGCGACAUGGUCACAAAGUUUGAGAAGCAGUUCACAGAGCGAGAGGUGAAGAAGCCAGCAGGAGGCGUAAGCAUCUUACCUGAGAGAACGCAUGAGACGCACGAGCUCUUGUUUACAGAUCUGGAGGAGAGCAGCGACUGGGUGGUCUCUUCAGAGGACAAACAGGAAGUGUCCAAACCAGCUUCUCUCCGUGGCUCAGGACCCCUGAGGAAGAGCCUGGACUCGCCCAGCACCAGCGUGUGGGGAACCUCCACGGGAAAGGGACACAGAUCAGGUCUGACUGAAGCCGGAACAGGAAGCACCCUGAAGAGCAGCCUCGUCUCCCUCAGUGACUUCAGCGACUCUGAGGACAUUAGCAAUAAACAUUAGUAGCACAGACAAGAAGACCUCAACCAGCUCGUCUGACCUCAGCACUUGAUGCCAAAUGGCGGUUUUAUAUAAAACCUGUAACACAAAAAGGAACGCAAUACUUUACACAAGAUCCAGGAACAGACUUUGA